UUUACUUACUACCACAUAUGUAACCGACAUUUAAAGCAUUAAUAUCCACAAUCCACCACGUACCACGACUAUAUAAAUUCAUACUACAGUUACUACUACCACAUAAACCAUGCCAUUUACAUCCUACAUCUCGUCCUCUGCAACCUGCUCCGCGUCUUUCACCGGCAGCAACGGCAAGACUCAAAGCUGGGGUUAUCGCAGCGCCCAGCAAGCCCACCGCGACGCGCAAGGCAAUACAUAUGAGCGCUCGCUCGAGCAGAAUCUAGGCGAGGAUCCCGUCUACGAAGAACGCCAGUACGAUAGCCAAGGCCGACAGCUGGUCGAUGACGGGAGACAGCAUGAUCUGCGACACCCACAAGGGCGCAUUGAGGAUGUCAGUGAGAAGAAGUAAUCACUACCCGGUGCUUGUCCUUGUGGUAUUCAGUACGUGUCUUUUAAUCUUUGGUUGUUAAAAUGAGGUCAACGUUAAAAGUUGACGCAAUGGCUCUGUGAACACACGUAAUGAUGUACGUCUCAUGAUCUGAAUGACAAAUUGCGCAUUAUUUACUACAAAAUAUACAUGUACAAUAUCUGAAUUUGAAUGAAGAAUAUACAUAAA